AUGACGGUCUCUCACAGGAAACGGUCAAUUGAUGACGAUUUCGUCUACACCAUCGAAGACUCCGACGCCGUCCCGGACGAGGAGGAUCUGGUGCCCGAGCCCCCGAAAAAGAAGGCCAAAUCUUCCAAGAAAAAUAAGAAGGGCGGAAAAGAUGCCGAGGAUUCCACAGAAGGCCUUUGGGGUAAAAAUGACGAGGACGACGGUGCCAUGGCCUCCGAUUUCGAGUUUGCCCCGGACGGAAUUAACGACCUCGGUGACGGCGACUUCGAUGGUUGGGGCUUUGAGGGUGCUAAGAAGGGAGUGGACGGAGAUAAGAGGGGCGUUGAUCUAGACGCCAUCAUUCAGAGGAGGAGGGAGAAGAAGGAACAAAAAAAGAAAUCGAAGAAGGGAACCGCGUCUGAGUCGGAGAGCGAUGGUGAUAACGAAGCAGAUCUCGAGGCUGACGUCGAGAGCGAUGCGGAGCUCGACUUGGAUGAUGCCGACGACGAGGUUUUAGCCGAUGAUGCCUUUGGCAUGGAUGUCGACUCGGAGUAUGAAGAGGAAGAACAGGAGACAGUGGAGAAUGAGGACGACGGGGCCUCCGGUGACGAAGACGCUGGCUCGCCUGCUGAGGAGACCGACGAAGGAGAGGAGGAGGAGGAGGUUAAUGACGAUGAUGACGAUGAAGAAGAAGAAGAAGAAGACGCGGAGGAGUUAGCGAAAAGAGAAGCCUUCUUUGCGCCGGAAGAGCCGACACAAGACGUUGGCAAAAAGGGCAAGGACGGUUCUUUCCAAAGUAUGUCUCUCAGUCGACCAGUGCUUCGCGGCCUCGGCGCAGCCGGGUACACAAAACCCACGCCAAUUCAGUCUAAGACCAUUCCUAUUGCCCUCCUCGGCAAGGAUGUCGUUGGUGGAGCCGUGACCGGCUCAGGAAAGACGGCCGCAUUCAUCCUACCUAUCAUCGAGAGACUUCUCUUUAGGCCCAAGAAGGUACCUACAAGUCGUGUCGUCGUCCUUACCCCGACUCGUGAGCUUGCGAUUCAGUGUCACGCUGUUGCGACGAAGCUCGCUUCGUUUACCGAUAUCAAGUUCACACUCGCUGUUGGUGGUUUGAGUCUAAAGGCGCAGGAAAACGAGCUUCGCCUACGACCCGACGUCAUUAUCGCAACUCCCGGUCGAUUCAUCGAUCAUAUGCGGAAUUCUAUGAGUUUCACCGUUGACACCGUGGAGAUCUUGGUUCUUGAUGAGGCAGAUCGAAUGCUUGAGGACGGUUUCGCCGACGAAUUGAACGAGAUUCUUACAACACUACCCAAAUCUCGCCAGACUAUGUUGUUUUCGGCUACUAUGACAUCCUCCGUCGAUCAGCUCAUCCGUGUCGGUUUGAAUAAGCCCGUGCGGCUGAUGGUUGAUUCUCAGAAGAGCACGGCAGGGACUUUAACACAGGAGUUUGUACGAUUACGGCCUGGAAGGGAGGACAAGCGUAUGGGCUAUCUAGUAUGGCUCUGCAAAAACGUAUACCACGAUCGAGUUAUCAUCUUUUUCAGGCAGAAGAAGCAGGCACAUUUCGCUCGAAUCGUCUUUGGAUUACUUGGCCUAUCAUCCGCGGAGCUGCACGGCAGCAUGAAUCAAGCUCAGAGAAUUGCAAGCGUUGAGACGUUCAGAGAUGGCAAGGUGUCGUACCUCUUAGCAACCGAUCUUGCCUCUCGAGGUUUGGAUAUCAAGGGAGUCGACACCGUCAUCAACUACGAAGCGCCGCAGAACCUGGAGAUUUACGUUCACAGAGUCGGUCGAACUGCGCGAGCCGGAAGAAGCGGUAACGCGUGUACGCUAGCGGCGGAACCAGAUCGUAAGGUUGUACGAGCUGCGGUGAAGGCUGGCAAGGCACAGGGAGCCAAGAUAACGAGCAGGGUGAUUGAUCCUUCGGAUGCCGACAAGUGGCAGAAGAAGAUUGACGAUAUGGAGGACGAAGUGGAAGAGAUCAUGCAAGAAGAAAAGGAGGAGAAGCAGCUCGCGCAUAUGGAGAUGCAGGUUAAGAAGGGUGAGAACUUGAUCGAGCACGAGGCCGAAAUUAAGGGGCGGCCGAAGAGGACGUGGUUCGAGACUGAACAUGACAAGAAGAAGGCCAAGGAGGCUGGCCGGACGCAGCUAAACGGCUUGAGGGAGUCUUUGAAGAAGAAACACGGCGGCAAGACCCUGAGCAACAAGGACAAGAAGAAGCUCGACGCCAAGGCGACCAGAGCCGAGGGACCGACCUGGAAGAAGGGGCGAGCUGAGCGAGAUGGCAAGGGCGCUGUCCUUGAACUGAAGAAGCAACCGAAGGCGAAGGUAUCAAAGCCUCCCAAAUCGCGACUCGGCUCCAAGGGACAGGGGCUUGCCAAGAGCAAGGGGGUUCCGAGGGGCAAGGGCAAGGGCAAGCCCAAGGGAGGCCGGAGUUCUAUCAUCAAAAUCGUUCUCCAUCCUCGAGGCCAUACGAAACUUGCUUUGAACUAUAACCCUUGGCAUUCCACUGGCCCAAUUCUGUCUUUGAAUACGAAAACCCGGUACGAUCUCCCUUUCACCGUGGCUCUCUUUCGCCGACGAUCACCCCAUAACAAACGAGAGCUCCUCCGCUAUCUCGUUCCCCACACCCUCCGCGUCCGAUACCAAGAGCGCGUCCUCCUCUUCCACCUCGACGUCCUCCCCAAGCUUAAAUACAGCGCGCAAUCGCGAAUUCAUACUUUCCUCCUCUGGAGGUAUCGGCGCCGACUCGAGAAGAAGCCUGGUGUGCUCGACCUUGUCCGUCGGCAAGGGGCCCCGUCGGCCUUCGCCCCGCGACGUGCGACUCAGCCUCGCGGGGUUGGGCUUAUAGGGCCGAAGAAGAUGCUGCCAACAUCGUCAGGAGGAGCCGGGUCGGCGGCGCAAGGCGGCAGGUAUGGGGGGUCCGGUGGUGGAUACGACUCGGAUGGGGCGCCGUCGAGGACAUCGAGGAGGAUGAGGCUGGCGGCUAUGGCGGGGUCGAUGUACAGGGCGGGAGCCUCUGCCGUGUCUGAGAUUAAGGAGUCGUAUGCUCAGACAAGAACGAGGGCCUUUGAUCCGUUGGAACAUGAGAGACAGUCGAUACCGGGCUCGUUUCCGGAGGCUCGUGUCACGGUACAGGGGACGGACCAGAUGAUACUGUUUCCGACCUACGCGAAGCGGCAUGUGAAGCAUGAUAGGAAUAUGCCGCCGCCUCCUGUAUCCGAUAUUCCCCCGGGUGGGAUGAGAGACGACGAUUACUGGUAUACCGGUUGGGAACGUGAGUGGGACGAGGACGCUGUGGUCGAUGUUGAUGUUAGAGGCUGGAUAUAUUCUCCACACCGGGGCCCAUUGACGAGGAGGAGCCGAAUCAUGCUGGGGCUUGCGCGACAAUUAAGCGGUAUUCCGAGGCUUGAUGGACCGCAGAACGCCGGCGCAGUUGACAACUCUAUUGGCCCAUCGCGGCCCUCUCAUGAGGAUCUUCGGGUGCAGGAGAAGAUUGCUCUUGAGGCUGCCAAGAUCGAACAGAGGGGCCGAGCGGAGAGGAAAGCGGCAUCUCACGGCGAAUACAGUGAGGGCCCGGAUGUACCAUACCAGCCAGGGCCAAAUGGCUUCAAUGGGACUUCUCACAGCUCAACGCGAGCCAGUCUCACACCCCCUCAUCGGCAAGGAACAGCCUCAUCCAAUGGAACAACUGACCUUACGGAAGCUGAGUUGGCGACUGCCAACACUAACCUGGCGGCUCGCAUUGCGCCUUUCCUAACAGUACCCUUCGCCGAACUUCCUGUUACCAUUUUCUUCUACAACGACUCUUGCUCCCAGUCACGUACGGUAAUGACGAAUGCUUCAGGGCAAUUCAAUGUCCGUGCUGCUCUCCCCUUCGUGCCCACUUACGUCAGGGUACUGGCAAAUGAGGAUCUCUCGACGCUCCAGGCCGUGAAGGUUACCGAGUCAGCGGGCGUGAGUGUUAUCAGCGACAUCGACGAUACGAUCAAGCGCUCCAAUAUCUCAGGCGGCGCGAGAGAGAUCUUUCGAAACACAUUCAUUCGGGACCUACCGACUCUUACUGUCGACGGAGUAAAAGAGUGGUAUAACAGAAUGCACUCAAUGGGCGUAGGUAUCCACUACUGCUCCAACAGUCCUUGGCAACUCUUCCCCGUUCUCGCGGCGUUCUUUAAGAUUUCCGGGUUGCCUCCGGGAUCUGUGCAUCUCAAGGCCUACAACGGUAUGCUGCAAGGGAUAUUCGAGCCUGUGGCAGAACGCAAGAAGCCGACGCUCGAGAGGAUCCUGUCUGAUUUUCCAGAGCGCAAGUUUAUUCUUGUUGGCGAUAGUGGAGAGGCCGAUCUUGAGGUCUACACCGAGCUCGCAGUGGCGCAUCCCAAACGCAUCCUUGCCAUUUUUAUCCGGGAUGUGACUACCCCUGAGCAGCCUGGAUUCUUCGACUCAUCUGUUGGCUCGGGUUUACUCAGGACUGAAAAGGAAAUGCCGGAUACUGAAAGGAGAAGCUCUCCCAAUUCGGUUGGCGACAGGCCGGUCGACCGACCUCAACUUCCUCCAAGGGCACCAGCAGCUGCGGAGGUACCUACUGGAAACCUGAUUGACUUUUCAGACGAUGAGAAGCCAGCUUCCCCUAAGGAGGCACCAACCCCUCCUAACAAGCCAAGACAGCUUAGUGCUUUCGGAGCUUCCUCCCGAGCGCCUCCUCGUCCAGCCAAACCAGCUGCAUUACGAAGUGGCUCGUCUGAAAGUAAAAUCUCGACGCAUUUAGACGAGUCACACCCAGGAGCAGGAAGGACGUCCUCAGCGCCCCCGCCCCCGCCUCCUCCUCGUAGCCGGAAGCCUGUGGGCAUAUCCGCUGGAGAAAAUACUCGCCAUCCUUUAUCACAGAUCCAGACUUUAUCUGCACAGAACGCCGCCGCCCCGAGGAAAUACCCCAGCGGUGAGCUGCAGUAUGCAUCUAGUAGUCCCACAAGCUCUACAUCGAGGCAGACCCCGCCGCCACCGCCUCCUCGACGCACAGGUACCAGCUCAAGCAUCCAGUCUAACCGAGUUGGGGCUGAAUUUAGUACCCCACGGGACAUUAGUAGACCACAUCAACCGCCCCCCAGAAGCUCGGGCCACACCCCAUUAUCGUCAACACCCCCAUCUGGCCGUACUCCCCCUAACGGCAUGGCGACAGCUACACCAGACUGGAAUUCGAACACGCAGCAAGGUUCGGCAGCAACGGGGGUAAACAAAAAGCUAGAACUGUGGCGCCGACGCCUCGCUAGGGCACAUGAGAUCCUUGACGAGCAGGGUGUCGCGCUGUAUACCUGGAGACGAGGCUACGAUGUUAUUGAGGAGGCGACGGGGAUCAUCAACGCUGCGCUCGAGGAGGGCAACCAGGCCUCAGCGCAACAGAAGCGCAGUGGUUAG